UUCCAACCAUAGUAGACAACUAUUCAAGAAAAUGGGACACUGGAAAAGAAUUCCACUCCACUUUCUCAAAGCAAACCGCAAGAAAAGCUCUGAAAACACAAACAGACACUGAAAAAAACACAACACAUUAGCUCAUUCCUUUGUAAACAGUUAAGUUGUAUUACGAGGUUUAUCAUUCUUGUCUUCUUGGUGUUUCAGACAAGACAAGAACACUGUUCAGCUCAGAGCAAUGCUUCCCAUUUUCAUCAUCUGCUCUUGCUUCCUUGCAUACCCGACUCUUGCUAAGCAGUAUCAAGAAGAUGAUUCUGUCACUCUAUGGGUAAACAAGGCUGGACCAUAUGAAAACCCACAAGAGACCUACAGUUAUUAUAGCCUGCCGUAUUGUCGUCCUACUCAUGCUGAUCACAAGCGGGGUGGCCUUGGCGAGUCUCUUGGAGGAAAUGAUCUUAUUGAUAGCCAGAUUGACAUAAAGUUUAAGAGAGAUGUGGAGAAAAGAUCAAUUUGUAAACUUAAAUUGGAUGGAUCAAAAAUAGCACAGUUUAAGUAUGCAAUUGACAACUCGUAUUGGUUUGAAUUUUUUAUGGAUGAUUUGCCAAUAUGGGGUUUCGUAGGCGAGGUGGAUCCUUACGGAAAUGAAGAUAUCAAGCAUGUAGUGUAUACACAUAAGAAGCUUCUUAUUCAGUACAAUAGAGACCAGAUCAUUCAUGUCCAACUGUAUCAAGAGAUCCCAAAGCCAUUGGAGGAAGGAAAGGUCUUGGACAUGACAUUUUCUGUUACCUGGGCCCUGACAAACGUCAGUUAUGCACAACGGUUCAAUGUGUACCUGGGUUACAACUUUUUUGAGCAUGAGAUUCAUUGGUUCUCUGUUGUCAAUUCUAUCAUGAUGGUUAUUUUCCUCACUGGAUUAGUGUCUAUGAUUUUGAUGCGCACUCUUCGCAAUGAUUACGCAAAAUAUGCUCGUGAAAAUGACGAUAUGGAGACUCUGGAAAGGGAUGUAAUUGAAGAGUCUGGUUGGAAACUUGUCCAUGGUGACGUCUUCCGACCUCCACAAAAUCUGGCUCUGCUUUCAGCAGUUGUUGGGACCGGUGCUCAGCUUGCAGCACUUGUUCUCCUUGUCAUUAUAUCUGCCUAUUUUCGAAUGAUGUACAUAGAGAGAGGAGAAAUUAUUACAACCUUUAUUGUAUGUUAUGCUCUUACAUCAUUCAUCUCGGGAUAUGUGAGUGGUGGCCUGUACUCUCGUAACGCUGGUGAAAACUGGGUAAAGUCGAUGGUCCCUACAGCAUCACUUUUCCCCUUUUUGUGCGUUGGGAUAGGGUUCAUUGUAAACACCAUUGCUAUAAUUUAUGGAUCCAUAGCUGCUAUUCCUCUUGGCACAAUUAUAAUUGUUUUUGUUAUCUGGGCAUUUAUCUCGUUGCCCCUGACCCUCCUUGGUACUGUUGUUGGAAGAAACUGGAGUGGUACGCCAGACAAUCCAUGCCGUGUUAACAAUAUCCCUCGUCCUAUCCCUGAGAAGAAAUGGUACCUUAGACCAUCUGUAAUUUCUAUGGUGGGAGGUCUUCUGCCCUUUGGAAGCAUUUUCAUUGGGAUGCAUCUCAUCUUCUCUUCCUUCUGGACCUACUGGGUGUACUACUAUGUGUAUGGGUUUACGCUCCUCGUAUUCAUUGUUCUGAUCAUCGUCACAGUUUGUGUGACAAUCGUGGGAACAUACUUCUUGCUGAACGCGGAGAACUAUCACUGGCAAUGGACUUCAUUCUUCUCCGCUGCCUCCACUGCUACAUAUGUCUACAUAUAUGCUAUAUACUACUAUCAUGCAAAGACUAGGAUGUUUGGUCUCUUCCAGACCAGCUUUUACUUUGGCUACACUCUUAUGUUCUGCCUUGGUCUGGGUAUCCUAUGUGGUGCAGUAGGGUAUCUCGGCUCUAAUUUGUUCGUGAGGAGGAUUUUCAGAAAUAUUAAAUGUGAUUAAGUGCAUGACACUGCACAAGAGAGGUUACUUAAUGGAGUUUACCGUGUUGAGUUCUACAGAAGAUGGUACGUUCAUGGCAAUAGUGAUGAAUAACUGUGAAUGAACAUUAUACACUAGCAUUGUAUCAUUGGAAACAUUUGACCAUCAAAAUUCAUGAAGCUAUAUAUAUUACAGUGAUAACUUUAAAGACCCUUUGUAGAUUCUUUUUACCUUGUGUAAUCUAUAUGCUUUGUAUAAUUUCCCACACACAUGUUGCUAUACUGAAAGACUAUUAGAUGUUACAUUCCUAUGGAAUAGAUUUGCCUCUAAACUUUCGAUUU